AAUAUAUUCCGCUAGAUGUCCUUUUCCUUCGAUAAUCCAUAAACGUGCAGUAUGUUCUUUUGAGGUAGAGUGUAGAACAGCUGCUCAUUCAAGUAUAUAGCUGAGAUCAAACAUGGAUAUACCUGGGCUUGAUGACAUACUUCAUAGUUUAACACACUUACAUGAUAAUUACAAAUGGACUUUAUCAUUUGCAGAUAGAAGGGUUGCAGAUUGGCCUUUAAUGAGCUCACCCUUGCCAACCAUAAUUCUUAUCAUCCUUUACCUAUUAACAAUUCAUUGGGGACCUCAGUUAAUGUCUAAUAAAGAACCUUUUCAACUUAAGUGGACUCUUGUGAUCUAUAAUCUUACUGUCAUGCUUUUGAACUUGUAUAUUGGGGUUGAGUUAUAUCAUUGUGCCUUGAAACGUCAAUACAACUGGUCCUGCCAGCUGGUUGAUUAUUCUGACAAUCCAUAUGAAGUCAGGAUUGCAAAGGCUUUAUGGUGGUACUAUUUCUCAAAACUAGUUGAAUUUCUUGAUACUAUAUUCUUCAUUCUACGGAAGAAGAGUAAUCAACUCACAUUUCUUCAUGUUUAUCAUCAUUCAACAAUGUUUGGAUUAUGGUGGAUUGGAGUGAAAUGGGUACCUGGUGGAUCAGCUGCUCCUGGUGCUAUGGCUAAUUCAUUUGUUCAUGUUGUCAUGUAUUUAUAUUAUGGACUUUCUGCUUUUGGACCUUCAGUUCAAAAGUACUUAUGGUGGAAAAAAUAUUUGACUGUUCUUCAACUUAUUCAGUUUAUUGCAGCUGUAACUAUGGGUAUUAAUGCAAUUGCUACAGGAUGUCGCUUCACUUUGUGGAUGCAAUAUGCUCUAGUAGCCUAUUCAUUUUCAUUUAUACUUCUUUUUGGAAACUUUUAUUGGAACUCUUAUGUUAAAAAGAAUAAAAGGAAACAAUUAUCUACAGAAGAACAUAUUCCUAAUGGAAUAAUAAAAUCAAAUAGUAGUCAUUUCCAUAGGAAAUACAUUUCCAGCCAAGGAUCACUAUAUGCUGCGAGGAGAAAAGUAGACAAAGUCAGAUCUUAAAAUGCAUCGGAUUAACUAAAAUUAUUAUAAUUUUUUCUUUUAAAUUUACUUAAUUUAUUAAUCUUAUUAUUGAUUUUAAUUGUCAUGAUACUAUAAAUCAAAAAGUACUUAAUAAUAAUAAUAAUAAUAAUAAUAAUACAGUAAUAAUAAUAAUAAUAAUGGAUUGUAUUGUAAAAAUAUAUAACAACAUUGUUUUUCUGAAUUGAAUCAAUUUCCAUAAUUUUAU